GCGGCUCCUCCUUCGGCUUCUCCGUGUUCAACCUGAUGAACGCGAUCAUGGGCAGCGGCGUCCUCGGCCUGUCCUACGCCAUGGCCCACGCGGGGGUCGUGGGCUUCAGUAUCUUGCUGCUGAUUGUUGCCAGCCUUGCUUCUUACUCUGUGUUUCUUCUGCUCAGUAUGUGCAUUCAGACUGCUGUUACUUCUUAUGAAGAUAUUGGCCUCUUUGCAUUUGGUUCACCUGGGAAGGUUCUUGUUGCAACUACAAUAAUUAUCCAGAAUAUUGGAGCUAUGUCAUCCUAUCUUUUAAUUGUGAAGUCUGAACUUCCUGGUGCUGUUGCAGGGUUCUUGAGUGGAGCCGAUGAGAGUGGGUCUUGGUACCUUGAUGGGAGACUGCUCCUCCUGAUUACUUCAGUCUGCAUUGUUUUUCCUCUUGCACUUCUUCCUAAAAUCGGCUUUCUUGGCUACACAAGUAGUUUAUCAUUUUUCUUUAUGGUGUACUUUGCUCUUGUGGUUGUGAUUAAAAAAUGGUCCAUCCCUUGUCCUCUACCUCUAAAUAGUGCAAUAGAGAACUUACAGAUUUCAAAUUCUACGGGGGAGUGUAAAGCAAAGCUCUUUCAUUUCUCAAAAGAGAGUGCUUAUGCAGUACCGACCAUGGCCUUCUCUUUUCUCUGCCAUACCUCAGUCUUACCCAUUUACUGUGAGCUCCAAAGUCCCUCCAAAAGGAGAAUGCAGAAUGUAACUGUCACAGGAAUUAGUUUGAGUUUCGUAAUUUACUUUAUAUCUGCUUUGUUUGGGUACCUGACCUUUUAUGACAAAGUGGACUCUGAAUUACUGCAAGGUUACACCAGGUACCUGCCACAUGAUACUGUCAUCAUGACUGUUAAACUUGCUGUGCUGUUUGCUGUGAUUUUGACAGUCCCUCUAAUCCAUUUCCCAGCAAGGAAAGCUGUGCUGAUGGUAUUUUUUUCUAAUCUUCCUGUGUCGUGGAUGUGCCAUAUUUUUAUUACUUUGACCCUGACUACAAUUGUUGUUUUAUUUGCAAUGUAUGUGCCUGACAUCAAAAAUGUAUUUGGAGUAGUUGGUUCGACCACAUCAACAUGUUUGCUUUUUGUAUAUCCUGGAGUGUUUUAUCUUAAACUUAACAGAGAAGACUUAUUAUCACCACAGAAACUGGGGGCAUGUGCACUGGUUAUUUUUGGCAUUUGUGUCGGUCUCCUCAGUUUAAUUCUAAUCAUUUUCAAUUGGAUUAAUCAAUAAAAGCCUAUUGCCUCUAUCUAAACUGGACUUGAGAAAGACAGCCCAACAGAGACUUACCAAAACUGCCAAAGUGGACAUCUAAGGAAAACAAAAGAAAAAGAGCAGAGCUAUCCAUGGAAAAAAAACCAACCCUCUCUUUUUAAUCCAUUAAUAAUGAAUCUUUGAUUAGCCUUGAGUUUAAUAUUGAUUCAAUGUCUUUGCUGUUUUAAAAURCUAGUUUUUAAUGGUGUAAUAAUGACAGGUAAAAAACUGUGUACAAAUUACUGCAAUCCAAUAAUGUCCAAAUGUGCUGAGUGAACAGAAAAUAGAACCUUGAAAUAACUUUGUUUUGUUUUAAAGAGAAUGAGAUGGGCUGAUUUUCUGUCCGUAAUGGUGUUCGUGUCAGACAUUUUCCCAACUAAUGAAAGACUACUAUUGAUUUCAGUGAAAUAAGUUUGAAAAUUUCACACAUUUCAUAGUAAGAACUUCCUGAUUCAAUGAACAAAAGAAYCACGGAGAAAUGGUUAAUUUAUCCUAAUAUGGAUCCAGAAGCUGAUUGUUUCAGCCCAGUUUAAAGGGCAUGUCAUAAUAAUAGGAAAGUUUCCUCAAAGGUUUGUUAUUGUUUUUUUUUUACACUUUCUUACUUGAAUCGUAUUAGAGUAAUUAAAAAAAAAAAGAUGUUUCCACGUCCAGUAUAUUAUGUUUUAGUAGCAUUAGGAAGUAUUUCCAUUUUGCAGUUAAAAAUAGACAUAUUUCAAUUAAUGCCUGUUUCUGAAUAUUACUUAAUUUACCUCCAUACUCCUCCCAAUAAAAGACUUUUCUUUCUGUCUCUUACUAGUGUUUUAUCUUUGAACUAGAUCAUAUCUUUAUUUUAUAUAUUGUUGGGAUCAGAGAAAGUUUGGGCUUGAAACCUGAAAUUCUGAACAUUCUGGCGACAAAACAAAAUUUAUGUUUAUGGAACUCUAAUCUUACCCCAGAUCUCUAAACU